AUGGCGUCGUCAAGCAGCACCAUCGACAUCCCCACGGAGCUGCUCACCCGAAUCAAAAAAUUCCGGCUCACCCCCUCGAAGGCGCCGAUCACAGCGCAGGUGUUCAAGAUCGACAAGAAGAGUUUGACGCUCGAACUAGAGGAGGAGCUGACCACUGGAUUGACAUGCGUGGAGGAUUUGAUCGAAGUCUCACCAACCAUCUCAGAACAUUCUCAGUCGGAAACAUUGCUGAUCAAAACGGCAUUUAUGCUCGUCGUAGCCACUAUUUCUACUCUACUGGGCACCCCAAACCUCAUCCCUCGAGUUGUCGACACUCUACGCUUCGGCACUGAGCAACUUCAGCGUCAAAUCCGACGUCGCAAAAGUGGUCGACGUCAGGGACGGUGA